AUGCCAAGCGCAGAUUGUUCUAUGAGUGCCCAAGAUGUACGUAGAGAUGUAGAUGCAGUCUGUAAAAUAUCCGUUAAUAAUUUUGGUAUAGAUGCACUGAAGACCGUUUUGGAGUCCUUAGAUGAUGAGAAGCUAGCUGACAACGAGCAAGUUGCUUCGCUGCGCUUACUCCUGCAACAGAAGAACGUUCAAAGUCUAGUGGCGGCUUAUGAUAAUGUAGAGUCUCAAGAAGAAGAAACGGAUUACAAAAACAAUACUGAAACUCUACAGCAGGUUCUCUCGGAACUAGAACCAGAUGUGGAAGAAAGUGAAACUGCUAAUGAAUUGAAUAUCAUGCUUAAACAACCUCAUUUUAGGAGAUUGGUUGAAGCUUUAGAUAGAAUUGCUAACAGAAAGUAUAGAAAUGAACCUGAUUCAUUUGAUCCAGCUAUCAAUAGCGCUACAACGGAGGCUGUUCGCGUUGUUGUACUGCAGAAAUUUGAUGAUCAACCAUUGGGUAUUACCAUCAGUAGUCGCAAUGGACACUGUUAUGUCGCUCGCAUUUUGCAUGACAGCAUGAUUCAUGUUCAAGGUCUUCUUCACAUUGGUGAUUGUAUCGAGGAAGUAGAUGGACAGCCUGUAACUAGUCCUGAAUUCUUGCAAGAUAAACUUCGAAGAGCUGUUGGGAGUGUAACACUAAAAAUCACGCCAUCUUAUAAGGAAAGCAUGAAUAUUUGCGAGACGAACUUGAAAGCAUAUUUCAAUUACUAUCCUGAAAAAGAUCCCCAGAUCCCGACUAAGGAUGCUGGACUAGAGUUCGAAAAAGGUGACAUCUUGGAAAUUGUAAACCUAGAUGACGAGAACUGGUGGCAGGCUAGAGUUGCCGGGAAAAAAGGAACUGGUAUCAUCCCAUCUCCCAUGUUUGAGGAAAGGAGGAAAUCACAUUUGCAUUCAGGCAGCGCCAUUAAGCGCCCAAAUUCUCUUCUAGCUCGUUUAACUGGACUCGACAGAAAGUUGGAAACCAUGUAUGUCGUUAGAAAUAACAUGGAUUUUGAACGACAUGGUGUUGUGACGUAUGAAGAAGUUGUGCGCGUGAAGCCAGGAUUUCAUAAAUGUUUAUAUCUUCUCGGAGCUAAGGGAGUUGGGAAAAGAACCAUAAAAACACGCCUUGUAGAAAGUGAUCCCGAAAGGCUUGGUAUCGCUAUUCCUUAUACGACUCGACCGGCUAAAUCGGGAGAAGAAGAUGGAGUUGAUUAUCACUUCGUUGCAGAGAAGCACUUCCGGCGUAAGCUAAAGGACAACCAAUUUCUUGAAUGGGGACGUUAUCAAAAUAAUUACUACGGAACUAGAGCAUCAACGGUCAAAGACGUCAUGAACUCCGGAAAGAUGGUAGUCUUGGAUUUGAUACCUGAGGCAAUUAAAGCUUUGAAGUCAAGUAAUUUUAAAGCCUAUGUCGUCUUCAUUGCUUCACCGUCGGCUGAAAUUCUUGAAAAGCGCCAUGAAGAUUCUACGAAGAGAUAUGCUGAUUUUCAGAAGAUGAAAGAGGAAUCAGAUAUCAUGGAACAAAUGUACGGCUCUUACAUUGAUGAAACUAUUUUGAAUCUGGAUCCUAAUGAAACUUACGAAAAGUUGAAAGAAAUCAUCGAGCGUUUGCAAAAUGAAAGUUCUUGGGUUCCCACAUCUUGGGUUUAUUAAAACUAAAUUGAAGCGUGUUAAAAUUUUGCAUAAUGAUGUGUAUUUAUUGUAGAGCUAGAAAUAGUCACGAUUCAGUUGCUAACCUCGGGGCUGCUUGUUUGAUCUUUAUCAUGCGUAGUAAGAUAAAUAUAAUUAUUAUAGUUACUUUGUAUGCUUUAGUUAUAGUCAGUAACUUCUUUACGGCGAUUAUUUUACACUUCAUUAUGGAUUUAACUACUUAACAGAAUGUAUUAGUAGGGCUAUCGUCUAGAGUUGGAGUAAUGUGCCCAAAGCUUAAUAAUAACUACCUGAUAAAAAUAGCAGGAUUUCGCUG